AAGGGAGGAAAAGAAAAAAGGAUGUUUCUUUUUUGGAGUAUUGACUGUCUUCUCCUUUUAGCAAUGCCAAAGGUGCACCUACACUUGCCUCACCAGCUCUGAAAAAUGCAGUCAUGAAAUACCCUCCCUUUCUCUCCAACUCUUUUGCUACUUCUCCAAGAGAGCACUUGUUUAGAGCUUCCUAAAACCAAUUCUCUGUAGAUAAUUUUUUUCUUGGGUUCUCAAUGGGUGGUUUGAUUGAUCUGAAUACCACGGAGGAUGAUGAAACGCCGUCUUCUGAGUCUUUGUCUCCAUCUUCGUCUUCUGCUUCUGUGCCAAGCGCUUCUGGGGUAAGUCCUGGUGGUUCUGGUUCCGUGUGUUUGGAACUGUGGCACGCCUGUGCAGGGCCUCUUAUAUCGCUGCCAAAGAGAGGGACUCUAGUGGUCUACUUCCCUCAGGGCCACCUAGAACAUGUCUCCGAUUUCCCGGGGGCUACAGUCUAUGAUCUCCCUUCCCAUGUGUUUUGCCGGGUUGUAGAUAUCAAGCUCCAUGCAGAGGUGGCAACUGAUGAGGUCUAUGCUCAGGUCUCUCUGGUUCCUGAGAGUGAGCAAAUUGAGCAAAAGUUGCGGGAGGGGCAAAUAGAGGCAGAUGGAGAAGAGGACGUUGAGGCAGAAACCAAGUCUACCACACCCCAUAUGUUCUGCAAGACUCUUACUGCUUCUGAUACCAGCACUCAUGGUGGCUUCUCUGUCCCUCGUAGAGCUGCUGAAGACUGCUUUCCUCCCCUGGAUUACAAUCAACAAAGGCCCUCUCAAGAGCUUGUAGCAAAGGAUCUGCAUGGCCUGGAGUGGAGGUUUCGACAUAUCUACAGGGGGCAACCACGGAGGCAUUUGCUUACCACUGGAUGGAGUGCGUUUGUAAAUAAGAAAAAGCUAGUCUCUGGAGAUGCUGUGCUGUUUCUUAGGGGUGAUGAUGGAGAACUGAGACUGGGAAUCCGAAGAGCCGCUCAAGUAAAGAAUUCUGCCCCGUUUCCUGCAAUGUGUCCCCAGCCUUUGAACCACAGUAAUUUUGCAGAUGUAGUUCAUGCCAUAUCCAUGAAAGGGGUUUUCAGCAUUUGCUACAAUCCAAGGGCCAGUUCCUCAGAGUUCAUAUUACCAGUGCAUAAAUUCCUGAAGAGCCUUGAGCAUUCAUUUUCUGUUGGAACGAGGUUCAAAAUGCGUUUUGAAACUGAAGACGCAGCAGAGCGAAGAUACACAGGGCUGGUAACUGGAAUAAGUGACAGGGAUCCUGUUAGAUGGCCUGGCUCAAAAUGGAAAUGCCUUGUGGUACGGUGGGAUGAUAUUGAGGUCAACAGGCAGAGCAGGGUUUCUCCCUGGGAGAUUGAGCCAUCUGGUUCAAUUUGCAGUUCUGAUAGUUUGCUCACAACCAGUGCAAAAAGGAGCAGGGUUGGAUUGCCUUCUGGAAAGCCAGAAUUUGCAUUCCCUGAUGGGAUUGGAGCCUCUGACUUUGGGGAAUCUAUGAGGUUCCAGAAGGUCUUGCAAGGUCAAGAAAUUGUAGGUUUUAAUACUCGUUAUGAUGGCCCUGGGUGUCAGAAUAUGAAUCUAUAUGAAAUGAGGCAGUGUUUUCCUGGUUCAAACAGUUCUGGGAUUGCUGCAAUAGGGAGUAUCAGAGACCCACUUGUGAGUGCUGACAUUCCCUCAAAAAGCACAGGCUUUAGUGAGUCUUUCAGAUUCCAUAAGGUCUUGCAAGGUCAAGAAAUAUUUCCAAGUACUCCAUAUGGAAGAGCCGCAACUACUAAUGAGGCUCAUCAAAAUGGUGGUCAGGUGUCAGGUACUAGAAAUGGAUGGUCUCCGUCUUUCAUGAUACAGGGCUAUAACCCUCGGACACAAACGUCUGUGUCCUCUACACAAGUGUCCUCACCAUCUUCAGUGUUAAUGUUCCAGCAAGCAAGCAAUCCAAUUCUGAACCUAAAUCCUCAAUGUAACUUCAAUAAUCGAGAGAAGCAUAUGUCUAAUAAUCGGCAGGGUUAUUUUUCCACUCCUGAAACAUGUGGAGGAAAGCAGAUGCUGUCUACACGUCUAGAUCAUGGUUUAAGCAUAGGAAGUCAUGGAGGCAUGAAUUCUUUUGGUCAUACAGACCAACAUAUUCAAGUUGACAAUUCACACUGUCUUGCAUCUCAAUCAGCAUGUAGGACUAGUCAAGAUUUAGCUUCAUCAUGUAAAAGUAGCUGCAGACUUUUUGGUUUCUCCUUGAUUGAGGGAAGGCACGACACAAAUAAAGAGGACAACAUAGUUCAAGCUACUUCAGCAUUGGGACCUGUUGUUCCUUAUCUGCCUCGUGUUGCAGAGCAGUAUCAUCCCAAGGCUACAGCAGUGGCUGACCCUGUUGUAAGUACCAAAGUAAGCAACCUCUAUGCCGUAUGAAACAUGCAUUUUGAUAUUGUAGUGUAGUAGUGAGAUAGAAAGUGCUGAUUUGGAAUCAAGGGGGUCUUCUGGAUGAGGUUUACUUGGAUGGAGUGAUCAUGCAGGUCUAGUUUCCCUGUCGCUGAUUAUCAUGAAGGAUGAUUCUGUAUUCCGGUUUUUCAACCCGCUGCAGUCAACCUUGAUAAACUGUUAACAUUGUUUUACAGGGAAUCCUGCAACAUUGUCUCAAAAACUAUGAUAUAUACUGAUGAAGAUGAUUUAGAUGUGAGGCAAGAAGAUGCCAGUAAUAGCUCUGAUUGUAUUAAUUUGAAAUGAUUGAGACAAUGGCAUUUUGAACCACUAAAAACCGAAAUCUGCAAUUAUAUUUGCUGCACUGACUUGAUUCCAUAAACUCCCUUUGCUAUGCUUACUUGUCUCUGUUUCUUCUUUGAAACAGAGAUUCCAUUACAUGUAAAACCUCAAGAACUUUCGUAUGAGAACGGAGAAAACAUUUUCACCUUUUAGUCUUUUUCAACGAAAGUAGCCAAUUUUGGUCUAUUCCUGUGGGGGAACUUACUCUCUUGUCUUGAUUUCCAUUUGAUUAUUUAGCUUCACAAGCUCUGAAUUUUCAUAGAAUUUCUAUAUUCCACAUACCAACAAAACUACAGAAUUUGAGAGAUACAGAGGGAGGAGAGAUGGGGGGAGAGGAAGACGAAAGAUCAAUCGAAGUAACCCCAACGUGGGCAGUGGCUACAGUUUGUUUCAUCUUGAUUUUGAUCUCCAUCAUUAUAGAGCAUUUGCUUCAUCUUUUAGCUAAGUAUUUUCAUAAGAAAAGAAGGAAAUCGCUCUUACAAGCUCUAGACAAGGUGAAAACAGACUUGAUGCUGUUGGGGUUCUUGUCAUUGUUGCUAACAGUGGGCGAAAAGCCAAUUGCAAACAUAUGCAUCCCAAAGGGUGUAGGCGAAACGUUUCUCCCCUGCAACGUUUCUUCAGUUUAUCGUGAGGAAGAAGACAAAUGUAAACAUCAGGGAAAGAUGUCUUUGAUGUCCAGAACAGGUGUUAGGGAGCUCCAGUACUUAAUCUUUGUGCUAGCUUUAUUCCAUUCUUUAUCAUGCAUCCUCACCUCCAGUCUUGGCAUGGCAAAGGUAAAUAAUUUCUUUUGCUCAUU